CCGGGGACAGCGGCGGACGGCGGCGGCGGCAUGCGGCUUCUCGCGCUGCCCAUCGUGGGCUGAGACGGCCGCAGCGCGGGCGGGAGGCGCGGCGGCCGGCGAGCCGAGGGCGCAGCCAGCCGGGCAGACCGCGGACAGCGGUCGGGGCGCCGCGCCAUGGGCCGAGCCGGGGGCGGGGGCCCGGGCCGGGGGCCGCCGCCGCUGCUGCUGCUUCUGGGGGCCACGCUGGUCCUCGCCGCCGGGGCCGCGCCGGCGCGUGAGGCGGGCAGCGCCGUCGAGGCCGAGGAGCAGGUGAAGAGCGUCCUGGCGUGGAAGCCGCGUGCCAACGGCACGCGGGAGAAGGCCGGCCCACCAGCUGCUGGAGAGGAUGAGACCUCGUGGACUGCACCUGGCGGCCAGCCGGCCGUGGUGGGGCCUGGGGUCGGGCCGGAGGAGGCACUGGAGGCGUCCGCGGCGGUGACUGGCACCGCCUGGCUGGAGGCCGACAGCCCGGGCCUGGGUGGAGUGACCGCAGAGGCCGGCAGCGGCGACACCCAGGCCCUUCCAGCCACGCUCCCGGCUCCCGAGGAGGCCCUGGGACAGUCAUUGAUGCCCCCUGCCACCCCCGAGGCUACAGAGGCCAGCGGACCACCCUCCCCCACUCCUGGCGACAAGCUGAGCCCAGGCCCCGAACUCCCCAAGGAGAGCCCCUUGGAGGUUUGGCUGAACCUGGGAGGCAGCACACAUGACCCGCACGGGCCAGAACCCACGUUCCCCUUUCAGGGCACACUGGAACCCCAGCCAGCAUCAGAUAUAAUUGACAUCGACUACUUCGAAGGAUUGGAUGGUGAGGGCCGUGGCGCCGACCUGGGGAGCUUCCCGGGGUCGCCAGGGACCUCAGAGCACCACCCCGAUACUGGGGGAGAGACCCCUUCCUGGAGCCUGCUUGACUUAUACGAUGACUUCACCCCCUUUGAUGAAUCUGACUUCUACCCCACCACAUCCUUCUAUGAUGACUUGGAUGAAGAGGAGGAGGAAGAGGAGGAUGACAAGGAUGCAGUGGGAGGUGGAGACCUGGAAGAUGAAAGUGACCUUCUGGUGCCCACUGAAAAGCCUGGUCUGGGGCCCGGGACUGGCCAGCCCACCAGUCGGUGGCAUGGUGUCCCCCCACAGCAUACUCUGGGGAUGGUCCCUGGCAGCAGCAUCGCCCUCAGGCCCCGCCCGGGAGAGCCAGGCAGGGACCUGGCCCCAAGUGAGAAUGGCACCGAGUGCCGCAGCGGCUUUGUGCGGCAUAACGGCUCCUGCCGGUCUGUGUGCGACCUCUUCCCAAGUUACUGCCACAAUGGCGGCCAGUGCUACCUGGUGGAGAACAUAGGGGCCUUCUGCAGGUGUAACACGCAGGACUACAUCUGGCACAAGGGGACGCGCUGCGAGUCCAUCAUCACCGACUUCCAGGUGAUGUGCGUGGCCGUCGGCUCCGCCGCCUUCGUCCUGCUCCUGCUGUUCAUGAUGACGGUGUUCUUCGCCAAGAAGCUCUAUCUGCUCAAGACAGAGAACACCAAGCUGCGUAGGACCAACAAAUUCCGGACCCCGUCUGAGCUCCACAACGAUAACUUCUCCCUCUCCACCAUUGCUGAAGGCUCUCACCCAAACGACUACCUGGGCACCAGGGAUAUAGCGGAGAACAAAAUGGACCAAAAGCCCAGCCUGUUGGAGCUAACUUCCCGGUGUCAUGAUGUUCACACAAGGUAUGUGAAUGUAUCCUGAGAAGUGCAAGGGGGCUGUACAAACCCACCCCCCAAACCCAAGGGAAAGGGACAUAAAGGCAACUUUAUUGGUCAAGCAAGCAAUGAGGUGUGUGAACACUGCCAUCACUGAGAAUGCAGCAGAGGCUCUUCCCUCAGCCCUGGGGCUCACUACAGGUAUUUGAGAGGCUUUGGGGGAGUGCGGGUCUCUACUGAAGUGAAUAUGAAACUAAUAUUUUCUCCUGAGUGUGUAACCGUGAGACUACACCAAGUAUAUGGGAGCGAAGAUAAGCCAGGUUACCCUGAGGGAUCUGAUGGCCAGUCAAGCCUAAGCAGUACCCUGGCCCGGGGUUUAUCCAAGCCAAAAAGAAGAAUGUGUCAGCCCCUGCGUGUACACUGCGUGCCGUGCUGAGGUAUGUAUCUGGGAGCAGAAUUGCUAGGAUGGAAUUCGGCCUAUCUUGACCUUUACAAGAUAAUGUCAGAAGUAGUUCCAUCGAUUAACAGCUCCCACCAACAGCGGAUGAGAGCUGCCUUUGGUGCGCAUCCUCAUCAGCACUUGAUAUUCUCACAUUUUUGGAGCACCCGGCUGGCUCAGUUGGUGGAGCAUGCGACUCUUGAUCUCAGCGUUGUGAGUUAGAGCCCCAUGUUGGGUGUAGAGAUGACUUCAAAUAAAAUCUAAAAAAAAAAAAAAGAGAGAGAGAGAGAUUCUCACAUUUUCAGUUCUAGCCAUUCUUUAGGCAUAUAAUGGUAUGUAAUUGUGAUUUUUAAUUUGCGUUCUCUAGUUGUCAGUGGAUUGCAUCCCUCCCCAUAUGUUUAUUAGUCAUCUACAUUCCUGCUUUAGUGAAGCAUCUGCUUAAGCCUUUACCCCGUUUUUCUAUUAGACUAUCUUCUGUCACAUUUAUGAGCUGUUUUACUGGUCAUAUGUGUCGCAAAUAUCUUUUCCCACUCUGUGGCUUGCAAUUUCAUACUCCUAACGUUAAAUUAACAUU